AGGGCCGUGAAGGGGACGAGGGCCGGGAAGGGGACGAGGGCCCGCGGGUCCCGGCCCUGAGGUGGCCCCUCCCGGCCCCCAGGGGGCGCCGCCGCCGGCUCCGCCAAGGGCGCAGCGGCCUCCGGGCGCGGCCAUCCCGGUUCCCGCGGGCCUCUCCCGCUCCCGUUCCGGGCUCCUCCGCUCCCCUUCCCGGCUCCUCCGCUCCCCUUCCCGGCUCCUCCGCCGCCGCUGCCCCCGCCCUCAGCCAUGCUGACCUCCCGAGGCCCGGCCCUGUGCACCGUUCUGCGGCGAGCAGCGCCCGGCGGCCUCGCUGCCUUCCACUCCUCCGCUCGGCGCUGCCGCGGCGCCCGCGUCGCUGUGGUCCUGUCUGGCUGUGGUGUUUAUGAUGGCACAGAAAUCCACGAGGCAUCAGCUGUGCUGGUACACCUGAGCCGUGGGGGCGCUGAGGUUCAGAUGUUUGCUCCAGAUGUCCCUCAGAUGCACGUCAUUGACCACAGUAAAGGGCAGCCAGCUGAAGCUGAGUCUAGGAAUGUUUUAGUGGAGUCUGCAAGAAUCGCUCGUGGUAAAAUCGCAAGCCUGGCUAAGCUCACCACAGCAGACCAUGAUGCUGUGAUAUUCCCUGGUGGAUUCGGAGCUGCCAAAAACUUAUCUACCUUUGCUGUUGAUGGGAAGGAUUGCAAAGUGAACAGAGAAGUUGAGCGAGUCCUGAAAGAUUUCCACAAAGCAGGCAAACCUAUUGGCCUGUGCUGCAUUUCCCCAGUGCUGGCAGCAAAGGUGCUCUCUGGAGCUGAGGUAACUGUGGGCCACGAGGAGGAGGAAGGGGGCAAGUGGCCUUAUGCUGGGACUGCAGGAGCCAUCAAAGAGCUGGGAGCAAAGCACUGCGUGAAAGAAGUAACCGAAGCUCAUGUGGAUACAAAAAAUAAGGUGGUGACCACCCCAGCAUUUAUGUGUGAAACAGCAUUACACCAUAUCUUUGAUGGCAUUGGGGCAAUGGUAAAGAAUGUGCUAAAAUUAACUGGCAAAUAAAAUCAGAAAUGUUUAAAUUUAGGGUGUAGCAUCAAACUUCAUGGACCAAUGGAGACAUUUGCACCUGCUUGUCCUGUUCACACUCUAGUGAAUGCUGAUAUGAAGCUGAUUGAUUGCCAGCUGCAGGAUUUUCUGUGCCUUUCUGAGGGAGGGGCACUGCAGCAGAGGACUGGAGCCUGGCCUGAGACACAGAGCAUUUUCUUGAGCUUUUCCAUCUGCACAGAACUUGACUAGAUGUGUUCUGAAACAAUCAGAACUGAAACACCAAUAUCAAACCAGUUCUAAGGGGGAAGAAGACUCAAAGCCCUUUCAGAAGCUGAGGGCGGGUGUGCUGUAGGGAUUUGGCACAUGGCAGCAUAUCUAGUGGAUGAAGAAUGGGAGCAGAAAGGAAUGAGUGCAUGGUUCAAGGUGUCUAAGCUCAAGCCUGUGUCUGGCAAAUAGCAGCCAGGGUCACUUGUUGAGGGAAGAGACAUCUUCCACAUCUUAAUUUAACUCAGUGUUAAUGAAAAGAUUUGGUUUCCAUUUUGAAGAAUCGUGCUUUCACACUGUCAUUGUGAGCACCAAUCAGCAGCAGGACACAACUGCCACACCAGUAGCACUUUGGAAAACUCAUCCAUUGGCCCAUUAUAGUUUUAAAAGUCUUGAAAUGAGGAAGAAAUUAAUAUCCGCUGAUGUGACGCACAACUCCUAAGGACAGCUGCCCUGUUAAAGCAGGUGUAUGACAAGUAGUGAAUGGAAAAAACAAUCUCAAAUUAUCCUAACUUCCCCUGCUUUAGGGUAAUAAGGCUUUCUCCAAAGAAGUAUUAUUGAAUGUCUGGAAUAAUGAUGUAUAAAUAAAUUUGUUUCUGCCUUUA